ACAGAGACCAGCGACCGUGUUUCCGUGUAACACCGGAAGUGGAAGGAAUGUCAUUCUACUGCAGGACAAACACGAGACUCAUGUCUGGUACAAUGAUGCGAUCGGGAUAAAUGAAUGAGCUGUAGUCGUGUUGUAUGAUAAUUGUAAAUAAUAAAGAUGACAGCACUGACGUGUAGGUUCAUUAAACUUGCUGAUGGUUUGCUAAGAGGAGCGCCAGUAACCGUUUGCCGAGCUGGAGCAGCGCUGCAGAGCAGAGCUCCUGUCAUUCAGUGUAUAAGAACGCAUCGCACAAACACAUGGUGGGAUGAGCACCUCACUGAAGAUAAUGCUUCUUUUCUGAAGAAGGUCGUUACAGAGGAAUAUAAACAACAGACCACAGACAAACUCAACCCCCUCAAGGAUGAGCCCUGGCCCAGACAUGAGUGGGUGGAAGGGAGUCGGAGAGUCGGUCUUGUGGCUGUUAAACUCGGAAUGAUGCCUGUGUGGACCAAAUCUGGAGAGAGACACGUAGUGACCAUGCUGCAGGUAAAGAGGGUAUAAG